CCCUCACACCCCAGGCCAACACUGUUUUUUUUUUCCAAAUUUCCACUUGGUGACUCGAACCAACCUUUGUGGCGGAGGAUACUUUCUACUAGGCUAUCCCUUUAUCAUCCAUUUUUUAGAAAAGAACGUCCGUAGAAAAUCAUUUUUUCUCCAGCCUUCUGGUGAAAACAGCAUGACUGAGCUUUAGGAAAAACAUUGAAAUGCUUUAGAGGCUAAAUAUAAUAUUUUGUAUAGUUGCUCAGUACCACGGAGGGUGAGAUAUCACUACUGCAACACAACCUCUUGACGAGAUAUUGUUGUCCACUCUUAUAUCAACUUGACACAAUAAACUACUGUAUUAGUAGUAUUAGAUAUCAAUAGUAGUAUGUCUUUAUAAUGUGAGAAAUUAUUGACACACUCCUGAGUCUAUUCUUUGGUUUCUUCCUCCUUUUUUUUUUUCCAAAACUCAAAAUAAACAUAACGCAAAAACCGCAGUGGUCGAGAAAAAAAUCCGCAAAGAGCGUCACCUCUCCAAAUGGCAAGCUAUGAGGAACAUACAUUUGAAUUUAUGAAGCUCGCUUUAGAACAGGCAAAGGAUGCAUUGGCCAAUCUUGAAGUUCCAGUGGGUUGCGUUAUUGUUGAGGAUGGGGAAGUCGUUGCCUCUGGAAGAAAUCGAACGAAUGAAACAAGAAAUGCUACAAGACAUGCGGAGAUGGAAGCAAUUGAUUUUCUAGUUGAACAGUGGCAGAAAAAUGGACUUUCACCUCUUGAAGUUUCCAAAAGAUUCUCAAAGUGCAUUCUGUAUGUUACCUGUGAACCGUGUAUAAUGUGUGCAGCAGCCUUAUCAUAUCUUGGAAUAAAAGAAGCAUAUUAUGGAUGUGCAAAUGAUAAAUUUGGAGGUUGUGGAUCUAUACUAUCACUGAAUACCAGCUGCUCUGAGCUUCCCACUAGUGGAUUUGCCUCAUCAAAAAAGGGUUUCAAAUGCACUGCUGGAAUAAUGGCUUCUGAAGCAGUCUAUCUUCUUCGGAGCUUCUAUGAGCAAGGAAAUCCGAAUGCUCCAAAGCCUCACAGACCUGUAAAGCAGCGGGUAUAGAAGUACUAGUGUCAGUGUUUCCUUCAACUUCUGGUAUGAGAGGUACCAUCUGUAGGCUAUCAUCCAAUUUUGGUACGAUUGUAUAUAGCUGUUAGACAGCUGAAUAUAUUUUUCUGUGAAGUGUAUAUCUGUUGAUUACUCUUGUACUACUAAUUAAGACGAGGGAACGGUUCUUUCUGUUGUUGUACACACUUCAAGGUAAGUUUACUAAUCUAAGCAAUUAGACCUGUUCUAAAUG